UGGAGCAUGGCUUCCCCAACCAGCCCAGCGCCCUGGCCUUCGACCCGGAGCUUCGCAUCAUGGCCAUCGGCACCAGGUCUGGGGCCGUCAAGAUCUACGGUGCCCCCGGCGUGGAGUUCACUGGCCUGCACCGGGACACAGCCACUGUCACCCAGAUGCACUUCCUGCCCGGCCAGGGCCGCCUCCUGACCCUGUUGGACGACAGUAGCCUGCACCUCUGGGAGAUCGUCCACCACAACGGCUGCGCCCACCUGGAGGAGGCACUCAGCUUCCAGCCACCGAGUCGGCCGGGCUUCGACGGGGCCAGUGGCCCGCUCAGCCUCGCCCGUGUCACAGUGGUCCUGCUGGUGGCGGCAGGUGACAUGGCAGCCCUGGGCACCGAGGGCGGAAGCGUCUUCUUCCUGGAUGUACCCACCUUGACGCUGCUCGAGGGGCAGACUCUUGCCCCGGACGAGGUUCUUCGAAGCGUGCCGGACGACUACCGGUGUGGGAAGGCGCUGGGCCCCGUGGAGUCACUCCAGGGACACCUGCGGGACCCCACCAAGAUCCUCAUCGGCUACAGCCGGGGCCUGCUGGUCAUCUGGAACCAGGCGGCACAGUGUGCAGACCGUGUCUUCCUGGGCAACCAGCAGCUGGAGAGCCUGUGUUGGGAACGCAGCGGCAGCAGGCUGGUCAGCUCGCACAGCGACGGCAGCUACGCGGUGUGGGCGGCCGACGCCGGCCACUCCCCGAUGACCCAGCCCACGGCAGCCACCACGCCGUAUGGCCCCUUCCCCUGCAAAGCCAUUAACAAGAUUCUGUGGCGAAACUGUGAAUCUGGGGACCACUUCAUCAUCUUCAGUGGCGGCAUGCCCCGUGCCAGCUACGGCGACCGCCAUUGUGUGAGUGUGCUCCGGGCUGAGACCCUGGUGACGCUGGACUUCACCUCCCGCAUCAUCGACUUCUUCACGGUGCACAGCACUCGGCCCGAGGAUGAGUUCGACGAGCCCCAGGCCCUGGCCGUGCUGCUCGAGGAGGAGCUGGUGGUGCUCGACCUGCAGACGCCUGGCUGGCCUGCCGUGCCCGCUCCGUACCUGGCCCCGCUGCACUCGUCUGCUAUCACCUGUUCUGCACACGUUGCCAACGUCCCCGCCAAGCUGUGGGCCCGCAUCGUGAGCGCUGGCGAGCAGCAGAGCCCGCAGCCUGCCUCCGGCGCCUCGAGCUGGCCCAUCACGGGGGGCCGGAACCUGGCCCAGGAGCCAUCGCAGCGAGGGCUGCUGCUGACCGGCCACGAGGACGGCACCGUGCGGUUCUGGGAUGCGUCUGGCGUGGCCCUGCGGCCGCUGUACAAACUCAGCACGGCUGGCCUCUUCCAGACAGACUGUGAGCACGCCGACAGCCUGGCCCAGGCCGCCGAGGACGACUGGCCCCCCUUUCGCAAGGUGGGCUGCUUCGACCCCUACAGUGACGACCCUCGGCUUGGGGUGCAGAAGGUGGCACUGUGCAAGUACACGGCCCAGAUGGUGGUGGCCGGCACCGCAGGCCAGGUGCUGGUGCUGGAGCUGAGUGAUGUGCCCUCGGAGCAGGCGGUCAGCGUGGCCAGCGUGGACCUCCUCCAGGACCGAGAGGGCUUCACGUGGAAGGGCCACGAGCGGCUGAGUCCGCGCACGGGGCCGCUGCCGUGGCCUGCUGGCUUCCAGCCCCGAGUGCUGGUUCAGUGCCUGCCACCAGCUGCCGUCACCGCUGUCACGCUCCACGCCGAGUGGAGCCUCGUGGCCUUUGGCACCAGUCACGGCUUUGGCCUGUUCGACUAUCAGCGCAGGAGCCCGGUGCUGGCCAGGUGCACACUUCACCCCAACGACUCCCUGGCCAUGGAGGGGCCGCUGUCCCGGGUGAAGUCCCUCAAGAAGUCUCUGCGCCAGUCUUUCCGGCGCAUCCGCAAGAGCCGAGUCUCGGGCAAGAAGCGGGCCGCUACUGCCGCCAGCAAGUUGCAGGAGGCCAACGCGCAGCUGGCUGAGCAGGCCUGCCCCCACGAUGUGGACAUGACCCCAGUGCAGCGCCGCAUCGAGCCCCGCUCCGCCGACGACUCCCUCUCCGGCGUCGUCCGCUGCCUUUAUUUCGCCGACACGUUCCUUCGAGAUGCGGCCCACCACGGGCCCACCAUGUGGGCAGGCACCAACUCGGGCUCUGUGUUCGCCUACGCGCUGGAGGUGCCGCCGCCGGCAGGGGGCGAGAAGCGGCCCGAGCGGGCAGUGGAGGCCGUGCUGGGCAAGGAGGUGCAGCUGAUGCACCGCGCGCCCGUGGUGGCCAUCGCCGUGCUGGAUGGGCGCGGCCGCCCGCUGCCCGAGCCCUACGAGGCCUCCCGGGACUUGGCCCAGGCCCCCGACAUGCAGGGCGGCCACGCUGUGCUCAUCGCAUCUGAGGAGCAGUUCAAGGUGUUCACGCUACCCAAGGUGAGCGCCAAGACCAAGUUCAAGCUGACGGCCCACGAGGGCUGCCGCGUGCGCAAGGUGGCACUUGCCACGUUUGCCAGCGUGGCCUGUGAGGACUACGCGGAGACCUGCCUGGCCUGCCUCACCAACCUGGGCGACGUGCACGUGUUCUCGGUGCCCGGCCUGCGGCCCCAGGUGCACUACUCCUGCAUCCGGAAGGAGGACAUCAGCGGCAUCGCUUCCUGCGUCUUCACGCGCCAUGGCCAGGGUUUUUACCUGAUUUCUCCAUCGGAGUUUGAACGCUUCUCUCUGAGCGCCCGGAACAUCACAGAGCCGCUCUGCUCUCUGGACAUCAGCUGGCCCCGAGAUACCACCCGCGCCAGCUAUAGGCUCCGAGAAUCACCCAAGCUGAGCCAGGCUAAUGGGACCCCGGGUGUCGUCCUGGCCUCACGGAGCCGCGAUGGAAGCCCCGAUCCUGGCCGCAGCAAGGGAGCCGACACCCCAGAGACGCCUGAGGCCAUGCUCUCGCCCAUGUCCGUUGACUCGGCCACCAGUGCGGACACCACGCUGGACACGACGGGGGACGUCACGGUGGAGGACGUGAAGGAUUUCCUGGGCUCUUCAGAGGAAUCUGAGAAGAAUCUGAGGAACCUGGCGGAAGACGAGGCUCGAGCCUGCGCCAUCCUGAUCAAAUGAGGAAGGCCAAAACCGUUUGGCUACCGACUGCCCUGCUCAGAGCUGGGAUCCAGGACCCCCUGGCCCCUUUGCAUAGACCUACACCUGCUAACCUGUGGCCUCCAGCCGGGGCUGGGACGGCGCUGUGGGCCUGGGGCAGAUUCGCAGCGGCCCCUCGUCUGGGCCGCUGGUGACCUGGGGGCCAGGUGCCACGGGGAGAAGACAGCUGAGGCUGGCAAGCCCACUCCACCUCCCACUCAACACGCCGUCCUUCCCCAUUCCCUUUGCAAAGAAUAUUUUUCUAACGCCUGUGCCGGGCUGGACAGGCAUUUCUAAAACUAUUUUGGUACUUGCUCCUGGGCCAGCACCCACCCCUGCCCCCUAGUCUGUGCACGAGUGCACAUGUGUGUGCAUAUGUGACUGGGAGCUUUGCUGCCCCACGACUGGGGUCCAGUCAGGUGUGUGUGUGUGUGUGUGCGCGCGUGUGUGUGUGCGCGUGUUGGGAGGAGGGCUGGUCAGGAUGGGUUUUCUUGUAGAUCGUACCUUGGGGGUUUUUUCCUGUCAUUUUGUUAAGAUUAGCGCUGUUUUAAUAUUAAAAAUACUGAUUUUUAAUAUUGAAAAUAAAAGCAUUUAAUAUCUCUUAAAA